AUGGAGUCGCUCGGCAGCGAAAUUUGUCUUCAGAGUCCCCCGGGCCUUGUUGCACACGACGCCUUUCGGUGUCAAUUUCCUGGCUGCAAUGCCACAUACCAGCGCAAGGAGCAUUUGAGCCGCCACGAAAGAUCGAAGCACACUAAGCAACAGGCUCUUGCAUGUUCUAGGUGUAGUCGUAACCUUAAAUCUAGUGAUACCCUUCGACGUCAUACUCAGAGGCAGCACCAAGUCAAGGAGCCUCUUAAUCGCGCGCGCCAAGCUUGUGCGGGUUGCCAUGCAGCAAAGUCUCGAUGCGAAGGGGGCGUACCAUGCCAGGAGUGUGUUCGUCGCAACGUUCAAUGUUCUUUCCAAGACCACACUAGUAUUGCAGCAGAGCAACGAAUACGGUCAUUAAACCCAACACCGCCAUCCUUAAAUCCCGACCAGUCGCGGUUAUCCUAUUGUGAGAAGAGAAAAGAGUUCGUUGAUCGUUAUUUUGAGAUAUUCCAUCCGUGCUGGCCCUUCAUCCACAGAGGCACCUUCGAUAUACGCCAAGAACCUCCAUUACUUCUACAGUCAAUGGUAGUUAUAGGGAUGUGGAUAACGGGAGAAACAUCUGCGCAGUCUGCCGCAAUGGAGCUAUAUGAUAAACUUGACUGUGCAAUCCGACAUCAAACGGUAUUCCACAUCACCGAUCUAUGA